GGCCGGAUCGAGCGAGGCGUAGACGACGAGCGCCGUCGAUCGCGACGCGUCUUGGAAAUCGAAUCGCGCCGGGAGUGACGUGACCGUGAACGUUUUACGAUAGGCAUUCAGGCAUUUUAUGGUCGUUUUAAAUAUGUUUAAUGAGUGCCAAUAAAAGUGCUACGAAAAAUUCGAUAAAAUAUGUCAAUGGAUCCAUCAUUUUGAAAUAGGCGCGAUAAGGCUCGAGCCCGCGGUUUCACCAAUUUAAUUUUAUAUUGGUGAAAUCGGGCAUCGCAGAGAUUCACCAUAGAUCAAGAAUUUUUUUGUCGGAAGACGAUUAAAAAGGAGAAACUGGCGAUCGAGAUUGUUUAUCGAGUUUCGUGAAUUGUAAAAAAAAUAUACCGUGGAGAUAAUCCACUGACACUGACGUCGAUCCUCAUUGAAUAUUUGGUAAUAAAUAAACAGCGAGAAUAUGGUACGAGCAACUCGCGCGGAUGGAGCGCUGACGAAGAUGAGGGAUGCAGUUCCGCAGAAAGGAAGCAGUAACGUAGCGACUCCCAAGUCCAAACCGUCCUUAGAAAUAUACCGACCCCCAGUUUCAUGGUCACCUCUAGGUGGGAGAGCGGAAGGAACCACGGCGAACGUCACUAAUCUUCGACUAAACGUGCACGCCAAGGAAUUCACGAUGAAGCAGAACGAUUCGUAUCCUUCUAAAUCUCGGAAUAAUGCAUCGGAACGCUCCUCGUAUUAUCUGCAACACAGUAAAUCGAGCGGUAAUGUACAUCGGUAUCUCUACGCUCAGCAGCAACAGGUACAACAUCCCCUGCAACAACAGCACCAGCUACCGUCCCGUCAUUCUCAGAGUAGCCAUCACGUGACAGCAAAUUCCACAUUUCGAUCACAGUUUCAUCCUUUAGACACGUCUGCAUCCAGCGGGAAUAUCUUGCACACCACGAAUCGGGUACAUUUCAAUGUGGAACAAAACGAAGUCAAAACUAAUUCUAUGAAACCGGGCAAGCUUACUAAAUCGCACACCUUCGUGUCGACUUAUGGUCUGAAACGCUCCAAGAGCAUAAACUCGACGGAUGUAUUAGUCGCCAAAGCACUCAAUAUCGCGGACGCCUCGGAACUCGGGAAAUUUCCUUCGCCCGUUCAAGAUAUACUUUUGCGAGCGAUAGAAGAUCCGAAUUCUUUAAAUGCGAGAACACUGAUGGAACUAGUACGGCACAUUUUGGAUAGGGUAGUGGAGAAUCGCAAGUACGCCGAGCCGGCAGCUAAAAUUUGCAUCACGAUUAUAGAGAAAGAAACAAAGGAAACUUUCCUGGAAUCCUUGCUAAAUAUGUGUCAACAAUGGUACCAGGAUCGCGCUAGAUUACUGCAUGACGGCACAACCUGCCAUCGGUACUCAGCCUUUAUGAUCUUUCUCAACGAGAUGUAUUGCCAGUUGAAACGACGGCAGCUACAAUUGAAGACACAGCAGGAGGGCGUUCCACCCGGACGCGUGCUGCUCACGCUGCUUUGGAAAUGUUGCCAGGAUUGUUUGCAACCACCCGCCAUCAAUUCACUUGCCGAGACUAACUGCCUGUUCUUCAUCCUCACGUGCAUCGGCAAGGACUUGGACGUGGAGCUGCCCGCGCAGUUACAGCAACUGCUCGGUAGCGUGCGCGACGCCUUUCUAGCAGAUGAAACGACGUUGCCACCAGUGAAGAGGACUCUCCUGCAACUGAUUGAGCUCCACGCCGCUCAUUGGCAACUGCCAGCACCGGCGGUGGUUUACUACUACCCCUCGAACUCGAACUCCAAGUGACCGCCACUCAACAUCUGCGGUCUCUCCGUCCGUUUUCCCAGAGUGCACGUACUCUGGAUCUGCACGAAAGCACGGGUGUACUUUAAGUACCGGAACGAAAUAUUUUCUAACGAGCGCGCUAAUAUGCCUUUCGACGCGACAAUAAAUAUACGAACGAAAGUACGACGUCGAUGAGUUAUACGUAAUCCUGUUUUUUUUUUUUAUUUCACGACGAUCGCGAACGAUUUGCGAUGAUCUCGUUCCUACCACGAAAUCGAAGUUUUUGUUCGAUGAUUCUGUAUGCAAACGAUGAUAUACGAAUAAACAAGUUCUUUUACAAGUG